UUUCCUGAAUCAUUUUUUAAAAUUGGGAAUUUUAUUUUGAAAAACAAAGAUAGCCAGAACUAUGUCUUACCAUUACAUUGAAAGAAAUUAUUCUCCUAAUAAAGCACUUUCAGGUUUCAGACCCCUUGUCAGAAAGUGCUGUGAGAAAAUUAACCUCAAACAAAUGUUAAAAAAGAGUUUAUACUGUGUUUUAAUCAUUCCGUGUUUGUCUUUGCUCAAGUGGCUCCGCUGCAGCCAAUUCAAUCUCACAGUAUGUGUUGGCUGUGGUCUUAUUUGUGUAUAUUAUCUGGAAGGGGUUGCACAAGGCCACAUGGGGAGGCUGGUCAUCCGAAUGCUUACAAGAGUGGGGAGCCUUCAUCAAGUUGGCCAUUCCCAGCAUGCUCAUGCUUUGUCUGGAGUGGUGGCUGUUUGAAGUGGGAGGAUUUAUUGCUGGUAUAAUUAGUGAAGCAGAACUGGGAGCCCAGUCCAUCAUAUAUCAGCUGACUGUAGUAGCUUAUAUGUUCCCGAUGGGAAUUUCUUCUGCUGCUAGUGUUCGAGUUGGUAAUUCUCUUGGUGCGGGAAACACUGAGGCAGCCAAGCUGUCGAGCAAAAUUUCCAUCAUAUGUGCAUUCAUCGUGGCCUCGAUUGUAGGAACUUGCAUCACCCUUGCCAAGAAAGUGAUUGGCUACAUUUUCACCUCAGAACAAGACAUAUUGCAAAGGGCUUCUGAUGUCUUAAUUGUUUUCGUCUUCAUGCAUCUAUCUGAUGCUAUCGCGGGAGUGAGUGGAGGUGUUAUUCGAGGGGUUGGGAAGCAAAAGGUUGGUGCUUUAUGUAACCUGGUGGGACAUUACUUCAUUGGCUUUCCCAUUGGCGUGGCCUUAACAUUUGCAGCAAAAAUGGGUAUUUUAGGACUUUGGACAGGACUCACCCUCUGUGUGUUCAUGCAGGCUAGUUUCUUCCUUAUAUAUUUGUACAGGCUUGAUUGGAAAAAGGCUGCCGAAGAGGCCCAAAUUAGAGCAGGGGUCAAAGUCACCUUUCAAGACACGAUCAAGAUGGAAGAUUGUAAGUCAGACUCAAACACCAACCAGGCCCCAUUUCCAUCCACUAUACCAAACGGUGAAAGCACUGUGGAGGACCAAAAGAUUCCAAGCCAGGAUGAAACGGCACCCACCGCAGUCGGAGAUGUUCUCACAGUAACACAGCUGCUUUUGCGGCGUGGCUUGAUAUUACUUGUCUGCGUUGUCAUCUUAGUAGCUGGAAUUUUUGCCAGUCACUUCUUUGUCAAACUGUUAAAAUGAAUCUUGGUUGUUUUGUAACUGACAGUAAUCACGUCAACACUGGAGGAGCCAAUAGGACUUCCGUAUUAGCCGCUUGUAAAAUAAAUUGCUGGUUUGUGUAGUGAGUAAAUCAUCAUGUUUAGACCGCGAUUGUAUAUGACUCAACAUGCAAGUACACUGCAAAUCCGCAUGUUCUAAAUAAUUAAUAGAUUGUGUAGUGUGGAAUAAAAAUGUUUUACAAAAUGUUAUACUAACUUAAAUACUGUACAUUGACUUUGUGUAACUUGUUCUUCUUCUUGUUCUUUUUGAGUAACUAACUCACAGCUUAAUAUAAUUAAGUAAUACAAUUGAAUGUGUCCAUUGUUUCUAUGGCUUCAACUUAACGGCACGUGUCUAUGAUAUUCUGAGGUCGUUGUGUGUUGAGGGGUGAUACAACCGCACAUAAUGAUUUUAAAUCAGCAUUGUCAGGAUAAGGAGCCUGAGUAAUUUAAUAUUGUCCAAACAAUGUUCAAAAAAAGAAAUUACACAAAUACAGUAAGAACCAAUGUAGAUCAGGCUCCCGCAGUUUAGAUCCAGGCUUUGUGCACAGAAGCAGGGAUUUUUAAAACCCAAAUAUUCUGCUCCCUCUGCCAAGAAAAAAAAAAAAAAAUCUACAUAUACACAGGGGUGAAAGUGGACCGGAACGAGCCGGAUCUCCGUACCGGCAUGAGUUUUCGAUCCGGAACGCCGUUCCGACGGUACUUUGAUCCCGAAAAUAUGACGGCAACUGUCAAAAUCCUAUGCGUGAUGGUUUGUUUAAAGUAUUGUAUUUUGUCAAAUGAUGCCCUCUGGUGGCGGAUUUGGGUGUGUCUGAACGCUUGGCUUUUAUGACUGAGAAGCAGAUGUUUCUGACAUGGCUAAGGGACAGGGACUAAAAACAUGUAUAAUAUUCUUGUAUCUUCAAAGUAGCUUCCUUUUGCUCCGAUUACUUUUUGUGCACUCUUGCUAUUCUCUUGAUGAGCUUCAAGAGGGAGUCACCUAGAAUUGUAUUUGACUUCACAGGUAUGCCUUUUCAGGGUUGGUUAGUGGAAUUUAUUGCUUUAUCAGUGGGGUAGGGA